UUUAUCUCGGCACUUUUGUUCUGCCGAUUUGCUUUUUCGCGCAUCAAUUGUUGUAGUAGCAGAAUGAAGAAAUGUUCUUAAAAUUAUUUUUCACGCACAAAACGUAGCCAAAUCUGAACUAGUCCAUGUGCGGCUUGUGGGCCAAUAAGAUUAUCAAAUUUCCAAAAUGGCUGUGGCGUUCUGAAGCAGUAACCGGGGUCGAAACAAACUGCAUAUCUGAACAAAACGCAGUUAUAUCGUUUUGACAAUGCAGCUAAGAAGCAAGACAGUUUGCUACAUCUUCAUAGGUCUCCUAUUGAACUUACACCCUUGUAAUGCCGUUGAGCCAGUGACUGUUAUUGGCGGUAUUACUGCUAUUGGUGUUUCGGUACUUUACGCUGGAUGGCGAGCAGUGCAGUGUAAAUACAACGAGUGCUGUGCAACACCUUGGGUUAAAGAUAACAUAAAAGGUUUAGAGAAUACGAUGCGAACAAGGCUUCACGGGCAGCCCUUGGUGCAUCAAACCGUGACCGGUGCCAUCAAGGAACAUCUGCGAAAUCCUAAUCCGAGGAAAGCAUUGGUGCUCUCUUUCCAUGGGUGGACAGGCGGAGGAAAAAAUUACGCGAGCACAAUGAUUGCGGACGCCCUUUAUGAGAAUGGCAUGGACAGCAAAUUUGUCCACCUUUACGUUUCCACAAAGCAUUUUCCACAUCAGGAUGAAGUACCAAAAUACAAGAAACAACUUCAUCAGGAAAUUGAGGGAAAAGUGAGGGAAUGUGCCAGAGCUUUGUUUAUUUUCGAUGAAAUUGAUAAGAUGCCCAACGGAUUGAUUGACGUCAUCAAACCGUACCUCGAUUUUCACAAGGCACUCGAUGGGGUCGACUAUAGGAAGGCCAUAUUCAUUUUUCUCAGCAAUACUGCUGGUGAUGUGAUCGCGAGGUCGUCACUCUCUGCAUGGAAGGAUGGAAUAGACCGAAACAAGAUAAGGCUCAGUGAGAUGGAAAAGCUUGUCGGGCUUGGAAGCUUCAAUGAGAAAGGUGGCCUCUACCGAGCCGACAUUGUGGAGAAGAACCUGAUCGACGUUUUUAUUCCGUUCCUGCCUCUAGAGCGAAAACAGAUAAUCGCUUGCAUCGAAGACGAAUUCAAGCGACGUGGCAUUAAGAUGCCUCACAAAAGGGUAUUGGAAGAAAUAGCGGACGACUUGGAUUAUAUCCCAUCUGAAUAUAACUUAUAUUCUUCCACUGGCUGUAAGAAAGUGCACCAAAAGGUUACUCAGCACUUGGGUUUCCGAGAAGAAAUCUGAGUGCUGUUACGCGCACAGUUUCUUUUUUUUUCUUUUUUUUUCAACACAGUACAUAAUUGGAAGCAAGAGGUCUGGAAUGGAUGGCACAUACACAUUUUUCCACGAGCAGGAGCAGAGAAUGCUCUAAGCUUACAUGGAUAUCGAUCCACUCACUUGUCAAGAGUAAUUUAUGCAGGGCAUGUGCAUUUGUGGAGAGAAGUGUAUAGAAAAUUGUGGGAGACUUCGAAACAAAGGUGAAGAAAUAUAACAGAAAAAUGUGCUGACAUCCAGUGAAGCCAGACCAAAAAUACUUUGUGCUACCCAAGUGAUACAUACUGGGUGCCACCCUCGCUGAUUAAUUUAUUGCCAGUGUGCCUUCAAGGCUGAUUGACUACAGAAUACUGUGGCUGAGAGCUGAGCUGUGUGUUGAAUGCUGCUUCCGACUUUAUCGAUCUCCCUUCUUAGUCAAAAGUAGGACAUACUGGUGGAGGCAGUAAUGUGUUUAGAUGCUUUCUUUGCCAAAUUAUCGAGGCAUUUUAGUUCAGUCCCCUCUUCCUUAUGAGCGGUUAUCGAAUAAUCUGUACAGAAUCUCUAUGUUCCUACAACUUUUUCGAGCUGGCGCUGCGUUCAAAAGGACAUGCUUAGUUAUUGCAGAGCUUCUUCAAUAACCAGACAUGAAACAAGGAUGUUUCAAAUUUUCCUCCUUUUAUAUUAACCGUAUCUGUUUCAGCAAGCCGAAAAAGGGGGCGAAAGUAUGGGGUGGGGGGAAAUAUAUAUGUACAGACCUAUUUUUAUAGUCAAACGUAAAAGGACUGUACGAAGAAUUGUGAUGUGUAAAGUUACUUUCUAGUCUUAUUUAUCUUUGGUUUAAAUUACACGGGGGAAUCCAUACAACGAAAGCCAUGUCAGUGUUUUCUUUUUUUCUUUACGACCAUGCAUCUAUGUGAUUGUACUCUUCAAAGUACAGCGCCAAGCUUCCUUGAAACCCUUGUGAUUUCUUUCGGUGAUAAAUUCUUACCUUAAUACUCUGUUCAGCAUUUAUGGAAGUCAUUGCACUGCAAGACUCAGCAGGAGCAUUGCAUUUUUGAAGUGUCACCACUUGGACUCUCUUUUAUAUGCAGUGACAGUUGCAAGGAACAUUUAGUAUUGCUUAUUCUUAAUGAGGCACUUAAUUGUAAUGUCAUGUUCUGUAUCAUUUCAUGCUGGGCAAUGCACUGCUGCAUAAAAAUGUCAAUUCUGUUGCUUCUACUGUGUUCAGUGCACAUUAUAUACCACAUUGAGAUGCUUGUUCUGGCUAACACCUGUUUUAGUUAUGUAUUAUCUGUGUGCAAGUACAUCAUCAUUCGUACAGCCUUACUAAUUGUGUGAUCACCAAGCAAUUUUUACACCUUGGAAAAAUUUUGUUUACACUGUAGAGAUCUCUAGCACUUUUGUUUAUGAAGUGAAAAUAAAUGGAUUGUUUGACUGUUA